GCGCCAUGGACCGCUUCUUCGGGCGCGCCGCGCUGCGGCUGCUUCUGCGCCCUCGGAGCGCACCAGUGCGCGCUGGCUCAGGAGGGCCCACCUGGCCCCAGGAGCGGACACUGGUGGCCGUGAAGCCUGACGGCGUGCAGCGGCGGCUUGUGGGGGAUGUAAUUCAACGCUUUGAGCGGCGGGGCUUCCGACUGGUGGGAAUGAAGAUGCUACAGGUGCCUGAGAGUGUCCUGGUUGAACACUACCAGGACCUGCAAGGGAAGCCCUUCUACCCGGCCCUCAUCCGCUACAUGAGCUCCGGCCCUGUGGUGGCCAUGGUCUGGGAGGGCCACAAUGUGGUCCGAGCCUCGAGGGCCAUGAUAGGGGACACGGACUCCAGUGAGGCUGCCCCCGGAACCAUCCGGGGUGACUUCAGUACCCACGUCAGCAGGAACGUGGUCCAUGCCAGUGACUCUGUGGAGGGGGCCCAGAGAGAGAUCCAGCUGUGGUUCCAGAGCAGUGAGUUGCUGAGCUGGGCCGACGUGGACCACCACAGCACCGCCCCUUCCUGAGGGUUGCCGAGCCACCUGGGUCAACUGGGACUCCUGCCCUCACAGCAGCUGACUGCCCCGCCCAGCCACUUCCUGUUCCCCUGCUGCCCAGACAAGUGCUGUGAGCUCCAUCUAGGUGCCUUUCUGUACCCCCACCUGCACAAGAGGGGACUCAUGGUUCCUACCUGGAGAGCGGCCUCCCUCUGCCGAUGGGGACAUUAAAGUCCACUGUGGUCA